AUGAAGCAGCAAAACAAGAACGAGAACGAGAAGAACGAGAUCAAGAAGAACGAGCACAAGAAGAACGAGAAGAACGAGAACAAGAAGAGCAAGAAGAACGAGAACAAGAAGAACAAGAACGAGAAUAAGAACAAGAAGAAGGAGAACAAGAAGUACGACAAGAACGAGAACAAGAAGAACAAGAAGAACGAGAACGAGAAGAACGAGAACAAGAAGAACAAGAAGAACGAGAACAAAAGAACGGGAAGAACGAGAACAAUGAGAACAAGAAGAACGAGAACGAGAACAAGAAGAGCAACAAAUCCUGCUCGUAGGCAUGAGCCACAUGCCGAGGCAACAACAACGACCACAGUCAAUCGCUUCAGGUGGCGUUGUUCGGCAACAACAGGCGGCGAUCUUCGUGGCACGGGCAGCCAGUUGGACCCGGCUCGCAUGCGCCACGCGCACGAGGUGUCACGCGAGGAGAAAGAGGAAGACGUUUUGAGCCCAGUUUGA